ACGAGGUCCAAACCUCCUUCGUUCCCUCUGUUUAUCGUUUCCCUCCUCCGCGGGAGCUGAGCGCCAAACUCAAACUCUUCUGGACCGGCACUUCUUUCAAGCUGGUAGCGAGGGCCAGGCCUAUUGGGCUUUUUCACCCUCCCGUCGGGGCAACGGUCCGACAUGAGUCAAGUUCUGUUCCAGCAACUUGUUCCCUUGCUAGUGAAAUGCAAAGACUGCGAGGAGAGGAGAGGAAGCGUUAGAGUAAGCAUUGAACUACAGUCACUUUCUAAUCCAGUACACAGAAAGCUUCACUGAUAAAAUGCUUCCGUGUUUCCAGUUACCCUCUAGCUGCUUAGAAGAUUUAGUCAUCCGUCUGACUGAUGAUACAGAUCCAUUUUUUCUGUAUAACCUUGUUAUAUCUGAGGAAGAUUUUCAAAGUUUAAAAUUGCAGCAAGGUCUCCUGGUGGACUUCUUAGCUUUUCCACAGAAGUUUAUAGACCUCCUUCAGCAGUGUAUGCAAGAGCAUGUGAAAGAGACUCCAAGGUUUCUGCUGCAGCUUACUUCUUCAGCUGCCCUUUUGGAUAACUCACCGGUAUUUCUAAAUGUCGUGGAGACAAAUCCUUUUAAGCAUCUGAUUCACCUGUCACUGAAGCUCUUACCUGGAAAUGAUAUAGAAAUAAAGAAAUUUCUAGCAGGAUGUUUGAAAUGUAGCAAGGAAGAAAAAUUAUCACUGACUAAAUCACUAGAUGAUGUUACCAGGCAACUGCACAUUACACAAGAGACAUUAUCAGAAAAAAUGCAAGAAUUAGAGAAGCUACGGAGUGAAUGGUCCUCGCACACAGCAUCGCUGACGAACAAGCAUUCUCAGGAGUUAACAACUGAGAAGGAAAAAGCUUUGCAGACACAAGUUCAAUACCAACAGCAGCAUGAACAACAGAAGAAGGAUCUGGAAGCCCUCCAUCAACGAAAUAUCCAGCAGCUGCAGAACAGACUGUCUGAGUUAGAGGCCGCUAAUAAAGAGCUCACCGAGAGGAAGUAUAAAUUAGACUCCACUGUCAGAGAGCUAAAAGCGAAGCUUGCUGGUGUGGAAGAGGAGCUGCAGCGGGCCAAGCAAGAGGUCCUUUCUCUGAGAAGAGAGAAUUGUACUCUGGAUACUGAAUGUCACGAGAAAGAAAAGCAUAUUAACCAGCUACAAACAAAAGUGGCCGUUUUAGAACAGGAGAUCAAAGAUAAAGACCAGCUUGUUCUGAGAACAAAAGAAGCAUUCGAUACAAUCCAAGAGCAAAAGGUAGCGUUAGAAGAGAAUGGUGAGAAAAAUCAGAUACAACUGGGAAAACUUGAAGCUACGAUAAAAUCAUUAUCAGCAGAACUUCUAAAGGCAAAUGAGAUUAUCAAGAAGUUACAAGGAGAUCUUAAAACUCUGAUGGGUAAAUUGAAACUGAAGAAUACAGUUACUAUUCAGCAAGAAAAACUGUUGGCUGAGAAAGAAGAAAUGCUACAAAAAGAGCGAAAGGAAUCGCAGGAUGCUGGGCAGUCUCUUCGAGUCAAGGAGCAAGAGGUAUGCAGAUUACAAGAACAAUUAGAAACUACAGUUCAGAAACUUGAAGAAAGUAAACAACUUUUGAAAAAUAAUGAAAAAUUAAUCACAUGGCUAAACAAAGAGCUAAAUGAAAAUCAGCUGGUAAGAAAGCAAGACACACUGGGAACCUCUCCCACCCCACCCGCACAUUCUACUAGCAACACCAUCAGAAGUGGGCUUUCUCCCAGCCUGAAUGUGGUUGAUAGACUAAAUUACCCAAGCUGUGGAAUUGGCUAUCCUGUCUCCUCUGCGUUCGCAUUCCAGAAUGCUUUUCCUCAUGCAGUAGCUGCCAAAAACACCAGCCAUCCAGUCUCUGGACCAAAGGUUCAGUUUAACUUGCAGCUUACAAAAGCAAGCACAUCGAUGGAUGGGCCGGGAGCCGCUGGUCACAGGGCUUGUUCAACUGAUAAGGAAAAUGGCGAAAAUAUAGGAUUGGAAUCCAAAUAUUUGAAGAAAAGAGAAGACAGCAUUCCUUUACGUGGACUCAGCCAGAAUCUGUUUAGUAAUUCAGACCAUCAGAAAGAUGGCAUGCUGGGAGCACUGCAGACAUCUUCCAAACCCACAAUUCUCCCCUCCUCAUCUUCAUCGUAUUUCCCUGGGCAGUUACCAAAUAGUUAAUCCAAUACCUUUGAUUGCUUACUGACAGUUUAGAAAUUCAAGUGAUUUAACAGACCAUUAAUAACAAAACCAUUUUUUUCUUGUUCCUGUUAGAUCUUUUGGAUUCUUUAUAAUACUGCUGCCAUUUACAAACUUAGGAAAUUGAUAAGGAUUCUGAGUAAAUGGUAUUAUUUUCUGUGAACAGAAUGUUUCAAAAAAAGGUCACUGAUUAUAUCAGACUCUUCCUAGUUGAAUAGAGACACUAAAUCAAAGAUACACUGGCAAAGAAUAAUAGUAUAAACAGAAGACUUGGGAUUCAUACUGUCAUUUUUAUUAGUAAAAAAAUUCUUAAUUUACCACCUGAGAGUUGGGCGAGCUUCCACAUGUGAUAUCUUUACAUUGAGUUCUUAUACUACUUUCAAAGGUUUUUUUUUUUUUUGUUUUGUUUUUUUUGUUUUGAGAUAGGGUCUAUUAUGUAGUUCAGGCUGUCCUGGAACUUGCUAUGUAUGUAGACCAGGCUGGCCUCAAACCCAGAUCCACCUGCCUCUGCACCUGGGACUAAAGGUGUGUACCACCGAGCCUGAUUUAUAUAUUUGGUUUAUUCUUUCUCCUCCCAGAUGGUCUCCAAUUUCCUACCCACCCAAUUUCAUGUCUUUUCUCCCUUAAAAACAAAAUUAAAAUAACCAAUGAGUAAGAUAAAAAUAUCAAACCAAAACCAAUGGAUUUCACCUUGUGCUAGUCAACAACUCCUGGAUAUGAGUAUGUGGAGUUGGUUGACCUAUCUAGUGACAGUCUAAAGCACUCUGAGUGAAAUUAAGUAUUCAUAGUGAGUAAAUUAUUUCCUCUGACACAUGUGACCUAUGAAAUAAUUUUUAUAGAAAAGUAAUUGGGAUAGAGUAUUUACAUGACCGAAGUGCUUUAGUCAUCUGGCUGAGCACUGUUGAUUUCUUCCAUACCAGAUCAUCAUUGUAAUAACACCAUAAAAAUGGUACUUUUUAUAAUAUUAAAUAUGGUGCUUUUUAUAAUAUUAAAAUUUGUGCUCAGUGUUAAUAAAGUGGGAAUGUUAGCUAUUGGAAGUUACAACUUUCUCAUUAAAAAAGCAAAAACAACCCUCUAUAAUCUUAGAGGUCUAAUUUUAUUUUCUUGUUGACAACCACCCAAAGGAAAUUAAAAUCCUAAGACCCCAAAAUCUUACCUGUAAAAUGUAAUAAUCAUGUGAUGUUUUAAAAGUUUCAAGGGGCUAAAGAGAUGGCUUAGUGUCUCAUUAGCACUAGCUGCCUCUUUUAGAGGACAUGGGUUCUAAUCCCAGCACCCACAUGGCAGCUCACAAUUUUAUGUCACCCAGAGUGCAUCAGGCAUGCAUGUGGUUUCUAGAUAGAUAUACAUGCAGGCAAAACAUUUAUACACAUUAAAUUUUGUUCAAAUACUUCACACACUGCUGAAGACAUUUUGAGACAGUGACAUAUUAACUAUGAGGGCCACAAAAGUCAGGGAUCUUUAGUCUCACUUUCAGGAUACUGGCAACUGCCAGCUAUCUUCAACAAGGGCUAUGAUAAAAGUUCAGUGACAGAGGAAUAUUGCUACAAUUACUUCAAAGCACUUAUUCUGGAAAGAAGUCUCUUGGCAGCACAGGACUGUUGUAAAUAGUAUAAAAUAAGCGUAAGCGCUUGUGGCAGCUUUGGAAAGGGAUUUAAGACAUAUGUAGCUUUUUAAGAGAUACCCUCCCCCUUAUUUAUAAACACGUUUCCAGGCUAGGAUAGCUCACCUCCACAGCAGGCUGUUGGUGACCUGUCUCUGUGCUAAGUGUCCACACACACAGCACUGACUCUCUGCUCUACCUCUUCAGCUUUUGUUUGAAAUUGUUUUGUGUUGUAUAACUGUACAUGUGUUAAUAAUCAAAAUGUUGCUUUUUGCUAUUUCUGAAAACUGUGACCUUUGUUAAUACAAAGUACUGAAACCUCAGAGUUUGAUAUGUCAGAAGCAUGUUUAGAAAAUAAAAGACUGACCUGCAAUUUGUGCUUAGAAAAUCAAGUAUUUCCAGUUGACCUGCAAACUCUGUAUUUUUAUCUUUAGGGUUUUUGUUUUUGGUGAGGUGAGGGCAGCAAAUGGAUUGCAGAGAAGGUAAGGUAAGGUAAAGAAGACUUGGUAGAAGACUGUCAAACAGCUUACGGUA